AAAAACUGUUUGGCGGAGUUCCUGAAUCAGCCGGCAGCCUCGCCAAACUCCAUCGAACGGGAAUAUGGCGAGACGCGUGAAGCGACAGGGAGAAAUUACAGGAGGGCCGCCUGCGGUUGCCGCGAAUGGCUAGAUUAGCUGUUAGCCAUAGCACACGUCUAACCAAAUCGGAGAAAAGACGGACGCGCCCAACUUUUCUGAAGGGGAAGCGCUCUGCUUCUGAAGGGGACGGAGCUGCAGGCUUGACUGACCGUAGAGCAGGUGCGUCCAACUUUUACCCAAGCCGAUGCGCGAUCGCCUUCGCCACCAAGUCUUCAGGAUGCGAAAAAAACACGGGCCGCUCGAUCGCUCGCGGCCACACGCGCACUGACGCAGCGACGCUUGCUUGAUCAAGCUGCUCUUCAAAAGAAGCUGCUCACCGCUGCUGCAGCCUGCUGCUGCCAACCACCGUCGCUGUUUCCAUUGCGGUCUCGCCAAUGGCGUGCACGAAGCCCUCGGGCCUCCCCUCCCUGGUCCUCCUCUUCCUCGUCCUCGCGGUGGCCGCCGUAGGACCAGGAGUCGCAUUGAAGCUGGAGCCAACCGGCACGAUCGAGCACUUUCCACCUCUGCUCGACUGCGCCCCGACCACCGCGUCGCCCUCAAGGAACGACAGCGCGUUCCACGCCAACGUGCUGUCGCUCCUCGCCGCCCUCCCCUCCGCCGCCGCGGCCGCGCCCACGGGCUCCGCCUUCGCGCGGUCCGGCGGCGCCGGUCGCGACUGCGCCUUCGCGCGGGGCGCCUGCUUUGGCUUCGGCGCGCCGCGCGGCGGCUCCUUCCCCGGCGACUGCCGCUCGUGCCUGUCCGCCGCCGCCGAGGACGUCGCCAAAGGGUGCGGCGCCAGCCGCCGCGCUGGCGCCUGGCGCGCCGGCUGCUUCCUGUCGUACGCGGACACCAACCGGUCCACGGCCCGCGAGGACGCGUUCCGCGGCUGGUUCUACGAAGACAGCGACGACGGCGACUCGCCGACCGUGGCGCUAGGGAGGCAGUGCACGGCCAACCGCACGGCGGCGGAGUGCGCCCGGUGCCUGAACGAGUCGGCGCAGGUGGUGCCGGCGCUGAAGGUGGGGAGGCAGCUCUCGAUGGUCCACCGCGACGCGGUGGUGGUUGUCGGCUACGCCUGCUACCUGCGCGUCCCGUUAUUCCCUCCGACGCCGCUGUGGUUGCAAUACCUGUUCGGAAUCGCCGGCAUCAUUGACGUCGUUGCGCUAGUGCUCGCUGAAGUAUGCGGGGUGCUGUUCUGCAUCAGGAAAGCCCGUGAGUUUAACCCGGCAUGACUGCAUGAGGAGGCGGGACGUGUUCAUGCAUCUAUAUAUCCCUUAGCAUAACUCAGUGCCUGAUGCCCUGACUGUCAAUCGUACGUUGUGUUUAGCUUUGGCCGCUUCAUGCGAAUCAAUCAGGCUAUCAGCAGAGGAGUUAAUUGCAGUGCGGUUGAUCCUGGAUUCCUGGUAGUACGUCCUAGUGCAGGCAGGAAUGUGGCCAGUGCCUGAACCUGGUCGGCUAGGGAAAACCCAUGUGCUGACAGCUCUAUUUUUCAACAUUCCUUUUUCGGUGAACAGUUUGCUGGUUCGAUUUGCCUCUGCUCGUGUUCGCCCUU